AUCAAACCUAAUCUAUGUAAAUGUAAACAUAAAGUGUAAAUUAAAAUGAUUGUUACUUUUUACUAAUUAUUAAAAUACAUAAUAUUAAUAGGUACCAAGUCGAAUAUUAAAUGCUCUCCUUGUGAUAUAAUUAGUUGAUUCUCUAGUGAUAUACCUACAUAAUCGGUAGUAAAAUACCUCGCUAUGGAUAUUUUAGGUAAGUAAAAUAUUAGAUUUCCAGAACAAAUGUCAUUAAUGAAUAUGGUACAUGCCAUGUUUAAAUGGUAAAUGAUCAAUUCGUCUUAAUUUAUUAAAAAUAACACUGAUAGGGAUUUCUAAGAGCUUAUUAUUUGAACGGUUGUGCCGAUCAACAAUUUAUUCUGAUUUUAAGUCCAGUUUAAACCGCCUUACAACAAUAGUUCUAAACCAGCUUUUAUAUGCUAUUGAAUUAUAAUUUUAUUAUUUGGAGAUUAAACUAAUGCACUGCCUAGGUAAAUAAUGUAUUAAUAUUUCCUUCAUUCUCAAAAUAUUCAAAACAAGUUCUUUAUUGUAAUUGGGAAUGAUAAUUCUACAGUUCUAUAGUAAUAUAGUAAAAGUUAUUGGUAUUUACAGAUUAAUAAGUAACUACAGCAGUAGUUGUAGGUUGUUGUUAAAAAAUUAUCUAAAUACCAUCACUAAUGUCAAACUUUGUUUUUAUUUUCCAAUUAAAUGUUUACUAGACAUUUGCGUGAUAAUAAUAUUAUCGUCAUAUAUUUAUUUAGUUUACGAUAAAAUAUCACUCACAACCAAGUAUCUAACGAAUGACUACCUACUUAAUCCCAAAAAACCAUUUAACAUAAUAUAAUAUCACUUUUACCAACCCUGGUUUUGGAUUAAAUAUAAUAAACCGUAUGUCUAUUAUUGUAAUAAUAAAAAAAUAAAAAAUAUAUAAUUUUUUAUUAUGUGAAUCUUAAUAUUUUGUAUUAAGAGAUGGUAGUUAAAUUAUUGAUUGAACAUUGAACUAUUUACAGUACAGUGUGUAAAAUUGAAUUAUUAACAAUAAUCACUAGGGCUAAGAGAAGGGUGAAAAAAAAAUAUAGGUUCAUAAUGUGAAUAGUGUGUGUGAAUGCUAACCUAUGGGUGAUACUCUCUACCAAAGUAUAUCAUUCAUUGUAUUAUGUAGUUUUUAAAUUAAAUCAAAUAUAAUAAGUAAAUAAACUAUUUUAAGAAGAAAAUAAAUAUUUGCUCACACGAAUGUACUACUUAUUUAUAACUCAAAAUUUUAUUGCUAAAAAUAAUAAUUUAUUAAAUUAUAUACAUCGUACUCCACACAUUAGUACUAAAAAUUUCAAUAUUAUGUAUUAUGAGAUAAUUUAUUUGAAUCUAGCACUUUUAAAAAUUAUAUUUCCCUUUUACUCUUUUUUUCAAUUAUAUUACCAACGUUUUUCUACUUUAUUUAUUCAUUUUUUUUUUUUUUUUUUUUUAUACUUUAGAAGAAGAUUAUGUUUCAUCUGAAUUUGCAUUACUUCUAUCAAAUUCAUUUACCAUUUCUGGACUUGAACAACUAUUCAGCAUCGCUUUUGUAUUUACUGUUGAAACUGGCUUUAUUCCAACUUCUUUAGCGGAGAAUUUUGACUCAAUAAAUUCAAAUAUUCAACUGGCUAAAAUGAUAAAUAAUAGUCCAUCACUAAAUUCAUUUUGGCACCAAAAUAAUAAUAUUUUUACUUCUCAACUAGUUAUGUCUAAUCAGUUGUGCCAUUUGAUUGGUGUUCCUAAUGGAGAUUCAUUAAUAAUCACAUUAUGCUAUUCAAAUAUAUCAAAAUGUAUUUUAUUCGAAAAUGAUCCAUAUUUCAACAAAAACUCAGUCAAUUUUUCUGGAAUGUCUUUAAAGUAUAAAAAUGUAGUAAGUGUUCCAGUUAAAUGUGCUAUAUUGGAUAUCGUUAUUGGUCUGUAUCCAAAUUUAUGCGGACUUCCUGAAGAACUAAUAUUGCAUAUUAUGCUAAAACUAGAGACAACAAAUUUGUAUGCACUCAUGAGAUGCUGUAAAAAAUUAUAUUUGUUAGCUAUUAAUAAUCAGUUUUUAUGGAAAAAUAUAGUUAUUAAAAAGUGCUGUCCGUUAACAGUUGCCAAAUUUAUUGAAGGUAAUGAACCUGUAAAUUGGAGAGAAAAUUAUCUUGAACUUAAAAAACAUGCAUAUUUAGUAAAAAGAACUCCUAUUCACAGAGAAUAACCUACUUCUUUAUAAUUUUAACAAAGAUUGUUAAACGCACAUUUUGAUACACAUUCUUUUGUAAGUACUUAUUUAUUUUUUUUUAUAUUUUGGUGUCGUUUUAUUGUUAAUAAGUAAAUUAAAUGUUUACAUAUAUUUUUAUACUAUAUGUACCUUUAGUGCAUAUUAUAUACCUAAGUAUUUACAUUGGUUGUAGUAUGUAGGAAGUAUAUGAGAAGUAGCUGAUUUGAGUAUAUUUUAAACACAAAAUCGUAUUUACCUUUCAUUGAAUAAAUUGUUAAGGAUACAAAUAAAAUGGAAUUUAUAUUACUUAUUAUAUUAUAAUUUAUAUUUCUUGUUUUUAUUUAUUUUAAUACAUACUAACUAAAAUAAUAUUGGUGUUAUGUCGAUAUGCAGUCUAUCAAUAUGUUUAUAAUUCAGUAUCAAUACCUAACAAUACCUAUUUUAGAUUCUGAGUAAAGCAGUGAAGCUUAUGGUCUUACAAAGAUGUUUUUUUUUUUUUUUUAUCUGUGUGCAAUUUUCUACCAGAAAUCUUUCUUAGAUUUACAAUGAUAGCAUUUUUCUGAAAGGAAAUCUGACUGGGAAGAUACUUUAGAAAAAUCUUAUUUCAAUUUUCCCAUGAUUUUUCCCAACAAAUUAAAAAAAAACUAAGGAAAACAGGAAAAUCUACAAAAUGUUGGUAUUUGUUAAAUUUAAAUUUAAUAAAAGGUAACAUUUCUUGUAGUUAUGUACAUUUUUUAUCACACUGAUGAAGUAGAUUACAUAUCGAAAUAGCACAAUAAUGUUAUUUAAUUAUGCUUUUUAAAUAGAAUUAAAUAUAUUCUUUAGUUGAUAAGAUUGGAGAGGUCCAUAAUUUAUUUAGUCUUUGAUUGCAAUAAUAUGUUUCCAAUAUAGGUUACUUAUACUUUUAAUAUUAUUUUCUUUUAGAUUAUUAUAAAUAUAAAUUUGAAAUCAAUUAAAGACAUUACGGCUGGAUGAAGAAAAAAAAAAUUGUUGUCGAAUCUAUGUCUUUUGAUAAAAUUAAUAUCAAUAAAUUGUGCAACAUUUUAUUUUUUUAUUAAGUAUGAAGCUUUAUUUUGUAAUUAUUUGGGUUUUAUAAUGUACAUCUAUUAAUGGAUAUAAAAAAUAUUUAAUUACUAAAUAUGUUUUUCUAUUAAAUAAAAUUAAUUUCUUUUGUAUAUUUUAAGAUAGAGGUGUAUUUUAAAACAUAAUAUACAAUUUUCCAUACAUGUUUAAUUAAAUUAAGUAUUAAAUUUUACAGAAAUAAAUUGAUUCAAUUGUUA